UCGAUCGCCACAAUCGCCGCACCUGCAAUACAAUGUUGGCCCCGCAGCAAGAAGUCGAAGUUGAUGUUCGAAAGGAAGAUCAAGAACGAAUCAAUGAGUUCGGUCGCAACAACUCGCGACUCGCCGAUCUUCGUGACGAAUUGAAGGCGCUCAAGGAAAAGUUGGAAACGCUGGACGAUGCCAACACGGAAAUCAUGAUGGGCGAAGGAAACAACGUCCAAUUGUUUAUCGGCGAAUCAUUCGUCGAGGUUUCAGAAGAAGUUGCCCAGGAGUACCUCGAAGCGCAGACAGAGAAAGCGAAUGACGCCGUCGCCAAGCUCGCCGCGGAGGAGACCAAGUUGGAAUCGCGUCAAGACGCAUUGAAGAAGGUGCUGUACGCACGUUUUGGCACGAGCAUCAAUUUGGAAGACAAGUAAAAACCAUUUAGUUAUCACACAUGGUACAAUAUGUUGUCUUUAAGUUCGUUUCUGC